GCUCACAUGUGUGAAGGCCUGAGCUCGGGAAAAUGAAAGAAAUGGAGCGCACGUUGACCAUUGCUUUGCUGCAGCUGCUCCCGUUUCUCGCGCUCUCCGGUGCGGCGUCUGAGGCGGUGAAUGCCGGCAUCGGAGCUCUGCAGCCGGUAGGGGGCGCCAGCACCGAGCGCGGCGUGAGCAUUUCCGUGCCGCCGGAGGCGUACCACAUGCUGGUUGAACAGACUGGGACUGCCUCACACGAAGACCCUACUGCAACGGCUGAAAUCAAGAGGAAGAAUGCCAGAAUAUUAGCGAGAAAAAAUUCAGGAGCUUUGACUAGACACUACGUGAAGAAACUGAAGAUCGCUGUGCCAGGGCGUAAUAGUUUUAAAGAUUUUGUGAAUGCAACUACUCAAAAGGUCACCGGCUACUGCAUUGAUGUCUUUAAGGCUGCUGUGAAGAAACUACCACAUGAUCUGGAUUAUGAAUUCAACGUCUUUGACGGUUCCUAUGACGAAAUAGUGCACAAUGUGUCUUCAGGGAUCUUCGAUGCCGCAGUGGGUGACAUAACUAUAACUUAUGAGCGAGCUGUAUAUGUGGACUUCACGAUGCCAUACUCCGAGUCUGGUGUGUCACUGCUUGUGCUCAGCGAGAAUGACUCUAAAUCAACAAUUGAAUGGGUAUUCUUAAAGCCGCUAACGAUGGAACUUUGGCUAGCAACUGUGGGUGGCUUCUUCUUCACUGCACUAGUUGUGUGGAUGAUUGAGCGGCCCAAAAAUCUGGAGUACCAAGGAUCAAGUUCGAGACAGUGCAGUGCUGCUCUGUACUUUUCUUUCUCGACCUUGACAUUUUCUCAUGGCCAAAUUAUUAAAAGCCCUCUGUCGAAAAUUGUUGUGGUUAUAUGGUGCUUUGUUGUGCUAGUUAUAGUGCAGAGCUACACAGCUAGCUUAUCCUCCAUUCUGACUGCAAAGAGGCUCCGGCCCUCAGUGACUGAUCUUGACCAGCUACUGUCAACUGGUGACUAUAUUGGAUACCAUUCUGGAUCAUUUGUAUAUUCUAUCCUUACAAAACAAGGGUUUGAUGGAAAAAGGUUAAGGCCCUAUACAAAGAAAGAGGAAUAUGCAAAUGCUUUGAGGAAUGGGUCUAAGAAUGGAGGUGUCUCGGUUAUAGUUGAUGAGAUCCCCUACAUAACAUCUUUUCUCUCUGACCCUCAGUACUAUAAUGAAUUCCAGAUGGUUAACCGCAUAUACAAGACACCUGGAUUUAGUUUUGCGUUUCCCCGACAUUCUCCAUUGGUGCAUAAUCUUUCGGUAGCCAUCUUGGACCUGACAAGUGGGGAUGAGGGCUCACGAAUUCAAGCGGAAUGGUUUGGUAAAACGACGUCCUUGCCAGAUUAUGGCAUCCCCAAGACAGAUUCGGCACCUCUCACUUUGAGAAGUUUCUCUGGUCUCUUCAUCAUCACUGUAUGUAUCUCAGCACUCAUGCUGUUGAUAAGCAUUGCCAGGUCAGUUCAUGCCAAAUACACAAAAGUGAGAGAUUCUGAUAUGCAGAGUGCUGAUGGGGAUGGUGGAAGUGAAGGCCACGGAGGAUCAGAUCCGUUGCAGAACGACUUGGGCAAUGGGUCUAUGACUGAUCAACCCCACCAUGAAGCCAGAAAUGUAGAUCCCCAGGGUAUCCAUAGGAGUGGAGAAAGUGUUGCUGACGAAGAAUCGAACGGCUCUGUGCCCGCGCACACCAUCCAGAUCGAGACAAGCACUGGCUGAGAUGCCAACUCUAUUCUGCAUCGCACGCAAUGAAGAAACAUAACACUUUUGUCUUCUGCAGAUAGUCACCAAUCUACUAAGAAAAUGAGUGUAAGAAGCUCAUGAAUUAUGGCUUGUGAUGUUGCAGUGAUGCCGCAAAGCAUAAUUUAGCUAGGAAUAGCAGUUUUAGUUAGUGGCUGAUGCCCAUAUUUAGCGCCUGAAUAUCUUCUUGUUUGGUCUAUUUGAAAAGUCUACUUAGCGAGUGACAAAUAAGAACCGUACUAGCAGCCUGACAUUCUAGUAAUAACAGAUUUAUCCCUGUGGUGUGGGGCACAGUAACCACCCAUUGUAACCCAAAGUCCAUGUUACUCUGGAUUAUUUCUUUGGUUUUAUUGUACAUGCUGAAAGAAA